AUGUUCAAGAAAACUAUAUUAGGGCAGUUGAGAAGGUAUACAAAUGGUGUUGUAUUCAAAACGGCCUCCAAACCUAAAAGAAAAUGGAUUCCAUGGACCAUUUUCGGCGGAAGUUUCCUUGGGGGAUGGUACUUAACGCAACAUAUGACAUUCAUGGAUCUUCUCGCUUAUUGGAAAUAUGAUGCUCUGCCAAAAAAUGCAGAUGAAGUGGUCAAGUAUCAUGCAAAUUUGAAUCAACGUUUGAAUGGUUUAUCUAUUGUGAAACAAUUAGAGGAAGCCGGAUUUGUACAAGUGAUUGCCCCUGAAGAGAAAAACUUGUUAGUGUCAAAGGCAUUGAAUACACCAGGCGGGAUUGCCAUACCACCAAGAAUUUAUUAUAGUCCAAGUAGACGUGAAACUAUCGGGAUAUACCAUUUAGGUAUGAAGCUAACAGGUUAUCCCUUUUUAAUUCAUGGUGGAAUCCUAGCAACAGUAAUUGAAGACUUAAUGAAAGAAGCCAUUAGACUGGAAAAGGGGACAGAAAAUAUAAAUCAAGAAACGAAGGAUCUGAGCGUUUCAUACAAGUUCCCCACAUUAGCCAAUCAGUUUGUUGUGGUAAGAACAACAGAUCUCGAGAAAUAUGGAAACAAGACUAAACUAAAGGCAGAAUUGAUGGACCAAAGUGGCAACAGAACGUUAGUCAAAGCGACUGCUACAUUUUCUAGUCAAUAG